AUGUCCCCUGCGUCCUACAGGGAGGCUCUGGCUGUGAAGGACGCUGCGACGUCAAAUCCGGACCUGGACAUGGUGGACAAGGUGGUGCGCACCGUGGCGGCAGAGCUCGGGAAGUCGUGCGUCUGGAGUCAAAGCUUCAAGUACCUGAAGCGAGUGAUCUACAACACGAACCUUGAAGUCCAAGGGAUCCUCACGGUUUGGUGGCUGUCACAAGGGGAUGCGGUGCGUCGGCUGUGCAAUGUCCUGGGCGCGUGCAUCGUUCUGCUCUGGGAGGACAACCACAAGGCGUACGAGAUUGUGACGAGCUACAAGUUCCAAUUCUACCUGUUCUUCCUUGCCGACAUCCUCGCCGACAUGAACGACCUUAACCGUUGUUUCCAGAAGCGUGAUCUGGAUGUGACGGAGCUUCCCAAAACCAUUGAGUCCACCACGGCGGAUCUGACGGAGCGGUACUUGGAGAGCGACAAGCAGUUCGGUGGCGAGAGCAAGUGCUGGCUGGUCGGCUUUCUGCAGCUGCACGGGCAAGGCGGAGGCAAGAAGGUCCGGGUGCGAGGCGUGGACGGGGAGGGACGCCCUAUCAACCACCUCUACAACAUGCACGAGAGGCAGCUCCCGGGGUACAAGUAUGGAAGCACCUACGCCGAGUGCGUGAAGUUGUGCCGCAGGUUCGCCCGCGAUUGCGUGGACAACCUCAACGAGCGUCUGGAUGACCUGGGGAAGCUGGGUCCAACGAAGCUGUUCCGGGCGGGGAAGUGGCAGGCUCAACGGGGGCGGAAGUGCUGUGAGUGGUUUCAGGGAUGCAACAAGCUUCUCCGCAACAAGCUGCCGGGAUUCGAUCCCAAGGCCGCAGAGAGGGAGCUCCCAACAUUCUGUGCGAUAAUGGAGACACACCACGAGCUGGAGAGCUUCGCGCAGGGGCUGACCUGUCAGAAUCAGUAA